AUGUUGAAGUUAAAGUGGUGUGCCUGGAUUGCUGUCUACUGUUCAUUCAUCAGCUUUGCCAACUCUAGAAGCUCAGAAGAUACUAAACAGAUGAUGAGCAGCUUCAUGUUGUCUAUCUCUGCUGUAGUGAUGUCCUAUCUUCAGAACCCCCAGCCCAUGUCUCCUCCUUGGUGAAGCACUAACCGUUCUUUUUCAGACUUCCUCUUGCAAAGGAGAACUGCCCUCCCUGUUGACAGAGGACAAUUUUCUCAGGCAAUGCAGAUCCACUCUCACAAACUGUGGUGUUGCAAAAGUAUUGGAAGAACUCAUUUUGACAUGUUAAUAAAAUUAUUGUUGGGAAAGAUAAAAAAA